AUGUCUUCCUCCGAACCGCCGGAACCGCUAUCCCUAACCUCCACUAGUCCUUACAAUACCGCCGUCUCCUUCCUCUCCCUGCCACCGCAAUUGCCACCAUCUCAUCCCCUCAUCCCUCCCCCUUCCUCCCUCCCCCACUCUAAACUCAUCCCCAAAACUCGCUUUAUAGUCGAUGGUUUCAAACACGCCGAUUCCAAUUUCUCCGUUUCAUACUUUCUCUCCCACUUCCACUCUGACCAUUACACAGGCCUAACGCCGCAAUGGUCCAAAGGCAUCAUAUAUUGCUCCUCCAUCACUGCUCGCCUCCUCCACCAAAUCCUCAAAAUCCCACAACCCUUCAUUUUUCCGUUACCUCUAUCCCAACCCGUUUUCAUUGACGGCUCGGAAGUUUCCCUUAUCGACGCCAAUCACUGCCCUGGUGCGGUUCAGUUCUUAUUUAAAGUCCCGGUAUAUUGUAAGAGUAAAGGUAAUGAUGGUGGUGAAGGUAAUAACAAUGUUAUUAAGUUUGAAAAGUAUGUUCAUACUGGUGAUUUUAGGUACUGUCAUGAAAUGAAGAGUGAGAGCGUGUUAAGUGAAUUUAUUGGUGCUGACGCUGUGUUUUUGGAUACGACAUACUGUCAUCCAAAGUUUUUGUUUCCUAGUCAAGAGGAGUCCAUUGAUCACAUAGUUGGGGUUAUUGAGAAAACAAGGUGGCAGAAUGAGGGUGAGAAUGCGAAGAAUGUGUUGUUUCUAGUUGCGACAUAUGUUAUUGGGAAAGAAAAAAUUUUGAUGGAGAUUUCGCGGAGGUGUAAAAGGAAGAUUCAUGUGGACGGUAGGAAGAUGUUGGUUUUGAGUGUUUUGGGGUUGGAGGAAAGUGGGGUGUUUACGGUGGAUGAAUCUAAAACUGAUGUUCAUGUUGUUGGUUGGAAUGUGUUGGGUGAGACUUGGCCAUAUUUUAGACCCAAUUUUUUGAAGAUGAAGGAAAUUAUGAAUGAGAGGGGGUAUUCAAAGGUUGUGGGUUUCGUUCCAACUGGGUGGACUUAUGAAGUGAAGCGGAAUAAGUUUGCGGUGAGGACUAUGGAUUCAUUUGACAUUCAUCUUGUUCCCUAUAGCGAGCAUUCGAACUACAAUGAGCUGAGGGAGUAUGUGAAGUUUUUGAAGCCAAAGCGGGUUAUUCCCACUGUAGGUUCAGAUGUUGAGAAAAUUGAUAGCAAACAUGCUAAUGCAAUGCAGAAGCAUUUUGCUGGUUUGGUUGAUGAAAUGGCCAUCAAGCAAGAAUUUUUGAUGGGUUUCCUUCGCUGUGGGGCCCAGGAAGUGGAUCCAAAGGUUGAUAAAGAUCCUGCUUCUCCUUUGGACAAUUUCCCAGUGCAGAAGGAUGAUGGCACUUUGUCUGCUCCAAAUUGUGGCAAUGACAUUGAAGUGGGAGGUGACACGAAAUCUAUAUUUCCUCAGCACGAACUUGGUUCCCCUCAUUUAGUGCUCCUGAAAGAAAAAGAGAGAGAUAAAUCUGUUCAAGAACUUCAAGACUGCUUGCCCAGUUGGGUGUCUCGAUGCCAGAUGUUGGAUUUACUUGGUGAUUCAGGCGGAGACAUUGUUGAAGCAGUCUCUAGUUUUUAUGAACAUGAAAUUGAAUUCCAUAAGCAGGCCAUGGCGAGUACAUCUGUCCCCUGUACUUUGCAAGCAAGUGCAGAAAAUGAGCCUGCUUUGCCCUUUGAAUCACUUCCUGUUAAGAGUGUGCAUAAUGAUGAGGAUGUUUCUUGCACUCAGAGCUAUACAUUAUCUCGCUCUGGAAAGUUAAAGAAGAGUGGAAUUGCUCCAGGGAAAAGAAAGAGAAAUCUUGAUAGCAAGCCGACAAAAAGAACACGAACAAAACCAAGCCAGUCCUCUGGUGGUUCAAAGCAGUAUACCAUAACAAGGUUCUUUGGUAAACAAAUGCCUGUUGUCUCUGAAGAUAGUAAAGUUGGAACAGCAUUUAAUCAAUGUAAUGAUGAUCAAAGUAGGUUUGCUGAUGAUGCUACCGAACCAUACAAAGAAGAGGUGGAUCAGUUUAUUCAGAUUGUAAAUGCUGGUGAACAAUUAAGAAGCUAUGCAGCUACCAUCCUCGAGAAGGCUAAAGGAGACAUCAAUACGGCUCUGGAUACAUAUUAUAGUGAUUAUACUGUUAUUGUCAAUGAGAAAAUAGGCAGGUCGCCAGAAAGUAAUGAAUUGAUUAAAUCUGAAUGUUCCAGUAGAAUUUGUUCUGACAAAAAUUCUGAUCUAUCACAAAGCAAUAAAUUGGGAAAUAAGUCUGAUAUUUCUUUUGCUGCUCAACCAACAGACUCUGGGAAUUAUUUAUUACUACCUCCUGACAGAUAUUCUCCAAUAGAGCAUGCUUGCUGGAGGAAAGGACAGCCUGCUCCAUACAUACAUAUAGCACGGACUUUUGAUCUAGUUGAGGAUGAAAAGGGCAAGCUAAAAGCUACAUCAAUGCUAUGCAAUAUGUUUAGGAGCUUGCUGGCCCUUUCACCUGAGGAUGUGCUGCCUGCUGUUUAUUUGUGCACAAAUAAAAUUGCUCCUGACCAUGAAAAUAUGGAGCUGAAUAUUGGUGCAAGCAUUGUAGUUUCAGCCCUGGAAGAGGCAUGUGGGACAAACAGGUCUAAAAUAAGCAAUCUUUAUAACAGCCUUGGUGAUCUUGGCGAUGUUGCUCAACUUUGCCGGCAAACACAAUCACUACUUGCCCCUCCACCAGUUCUUACAAUUCAAGGAGUGUAUUCAGUUCUCCAAAAGAUAAGUGUGCAAACAGGUAGCGGCAGCACAUUCCGGAAGAAAAGUCUCAUUGUGAAUCUCAUGCGUUCAUGUCGAGAGAAGGAAAUGAAAUUCGUUGUCAGAACUUUGGUUAGAAAUUUAAGAAUUGGAGCUAUGAUGAGAACUGUACUUCCUGCUUUGGCUCAGGCUAUUGUGUUCAAUUCUGCUGAUACAGAAACUGAGUGUUUGAAGGAUCAUCUUCAGUGCCUAUCUGGAGCAGUAGUUGAAGCAUAUAAUGUACUUCCCAACUUGGAUUUACUCGUCCCUUCCCUAAUGGAAAAGGGGGUUAAGUUCUCUUCAUUAACCUUGUCAAUGGUUCCAGGCAUACCAAUCAAACCGAUGCUUGCAAAAAUUACUAAUGGAGCCUCUCAAGUACUGAAGCUCUUCCAAAACAAAGCAUUUACAUGUGAAUACAAAUAUGAUGGCCAGCGAGCUCAAAUUCACAGAUUACCAGAUGGUUCGAUACAUGUUUUCUCGAGGAAUGGUGAUGAAACCACAUCAAAAUUCCCUGAUAUAAUAAACAUAAUUAAGGAGUCAUGUCCUGGAGUAGUAACAUUUGUAAUAGAUGCAGAGGUAGUUGCAAUUGAUAGGAAGAAUGGCUUGAAGCUUAUGUCAUUCCAGGAACUGUCUUCCAGGGAGAGAGGGAGCAAGGAUUCCCUGAUUGCCGUAGACAAAAUAAAGGUCGACAUAUGCCUUUUUAUCUUCGACAUCAUGUUGGCAAAUGGAGAGAAGCUGCUCGAUUUACCCCUCCGUCAAAGACGAAAAUAUUUGAAGAACUUGUUUGGUGACGGGAAACCAGGCUAUUUAGAAUAUGCAAGAGAAAUGACAGUGGAAGCAGAAGAUUCUGAUGCAAACAAUGAAGCCACGUUGAAUAAGAUGAUCAACUUUCUUGAUGAUGCAUUUCGUUCCUCUUGUGAAGGCAUAAUGGUUAAAACUCUCGAUGUAAAUGCUGGAUAUACUCCGUCAAAGCGUUCAGAUACGUGGUUGAAGGUCAAGAAAGAUUACAUUGAAGGAUUGAGUGAUUCCUUGGACUUGGUCCCUAUUGGUGCUUGGCAUGGAAGUGGAAGAAAAGCAGGAUGGUAUAGUCCAUUCCUAAUGGCCUGCUAUAAUCCUGAUACUGAAGAAUUCCAGAGUGUCUGCCGUGUCAUGUCUGGGUUUUCCGAUGCUUUCUACACACAGAUGAAAGAGUUCUUCUCCGGGGACAAAAUCCUUUCUAAAAAACCACCAUAUUAUCAAACUUCUGAGGUGCCUGAUAUGUGGUUUUCUCCUCAACUUGUCUGGGAGAUAAAGGGUGCUGACUUCACAGUGUCACCAGUUCAUCAUGCUGCCAUUGGUCUAAUCCAUACAUCUCGUGGUAUCUCAAUCAGAUUUCCUAGAUUUAUUCGCUCCAUCUCGGAUAGAAGCCCCGAGGAAUGUAGCACAUCUGCAGAUGUAGUUGACAUGUUCCAUUCUCAGACUAGGAAAAUGGAUUUGAGUGGCAAAGAGUGA